UAUAAUGAAAACCAAGUUUUUCAGCUAUUGCUUUUGACUGAAAAAAUUGGAGUUAUUAGAUUGGAUAUUAGUGCCUAAAUAUUCUAAAGAAUCAUGACAGAUUCAGGAAAUAAAUCAUCAUCAAAAGAUUCUAACAAAUUGACAAAUAAAGAAGCAAGAGAAGAAUACUUUGAUCAACUGCGUUUAUGGUUGAAUACCGUCAACAGUUAUCAUUGUUAUUACAAUAAAUUACAGCAAGAGUUUUUACAAAAAAACUACCAACAAGUUUUAAAAAAAUCUAAUGAAGUUCCUAAAGUUGUGCCUAAUGCGGUACCUGUAACACCAACUGUUGAACGUGAUCAGUUUGUGGGAAUGAAAUGCCAGAUACCAUCUUUAUGGAGGCGUUUUGGAGCUGAAUUAAUUGAUUUUUUAAUAUUAAGUUUUAUCAAAUUUGUAAUUGCUUACUUUCUAGUAGAUUCAAUUCUUGAAAUCGAUUUCACUAAAUAUAACAGUAUUUUUUCACGAGAUGAUGUUGAUUAUACUUCUACAUUAGAAAUGACUUCGGAACUAUUGUUUAUUGAAAUAACGCACCGAAUAAUAGUUUGUCUUUAUGAGAUAUGUUGUCUACAAGGUAGUACAAUAUUUCAAGGCGGAGCAACAGUUGGUAAAACUCUAUUAGAUAUUACAGUUGUUCGAGCUGAUAAACUAUUUUCUAUAAGAGGUCAGCCAGCUGAAGUCAUUGCCUUAAUUCCUGGUGGCGAUAUUGGUUGGAAACGGGCAACACUUCGUUCAAUCACUAAAAAUCUAUUUUUUGCAUUUUUGUUUCCACUACCUUUUAUUACAGCAGCAGCUAAUCAAAACAGAUGUGCAUAUGAUGUCUUGUGUGGAACGAUGGUUGUAGAAUUUAUACAACCAUUUAAGUGUGAGCAAUCUGAUCUUAUUCCUAUUGGGUAACAAGAUUGUUAAUUAAUAAAUAAUAUUUAAUGAUUUAUGUAAUAUACAUAAAGAUUAUUAGACUAUUACUUUAAAU